CGUCCAGCAAGGUUUCUAUGGAGACGGACGUCACUGUAUCGCGACGACUAAACAUGUAUUGGAGGUGCUGUUUGACAGUUUCUUAGUCAUUAAUGGUAGCUGUAUAGUUUCUUAGUAAACAGAUCCUGUUGUGUUGCUGCAGAUAGCUAUAUCCGGGGGGUCGAUGCAGUAAGAAAAACUAACUAUUGAGGACAUUGCGAGGACACUGCUUUGUAAUUACAAAGUGAACACUACGAAACACACUUGACUCUAUUGGGAUCGUGUGUAUAAGUACCAGAUGUGCUAGGAUGACACAAUCUAUUGUGGUGCAGGUUGGUCAGUGUGGUAAUCAAGUUGGCUCUCGAUUUUGGGACCUCGCUUUAAGGGAACAUGCAAGUGUAAAUAAAAAAGGAAUCUAUGAUGAAGCUUUAAGUAGCUUCUUCAGGAAUGUUGAUACCAGGAGAAGUGAUGGGGACAAUAAUGAUAUUUCUGGAGGAAAAAUAAGAUCCCUAAAAGCCAGGGCUGUUCUGAUUGACAUGGAGGAAGGUGUGGUAAAUGAAAUACUUCAAGGACCUCUGAGAGAUGUUUUUGACAGUAAGCAACUCAUUACUGAUGUAUCGGGCUCAGGCAACAACUGGGCAGUAGGGCACAAAGUGUAUGGGUCCACAUACAGAGAGGAGAUUGUGGAGAAUCUGAGGAAGGCUGCAGAGCACUGUGACUGUCUGCAGUGUUUCUUUGUUAUUCACUCCAUGGGCGGAGGCACUGGCUCUGGUUUAGGUACUUUUGUUCUGAGCGUGCUUGAAGACGAGUUCCCCGAGGUUUACAGGAUAGUCACUUCAGUUUACCCCUCUGCCGAGGACGAUGUCAUCACCUCCCCCUAUAACAGUGUCCUUGCCAUGCGGGAGCUAACAGAGCAUGCAGACUGUGUACUACCAAUAGAAAACCAUUCCUUAGUUGAUAUCGUCAACAAAAUUAAGCACAUGUCGCAUUGUGGAAAGCUGGGAGCUGAAAUCAAACAGAGCAGCACUAUAAUCUCUGGUCAGGGGGGAGUCAAAGGUCAGGAGAAACCAUUUGAUGCAAUGAACAACAUAGUGGCAAACAUGUUACUCAAUUUAACCAGUUCUGCCAGGUUUGAGGGCUCCCUCAAUAUGGAUCUCAAUGAGAUCACUAUGAAUCUUGUUCCAUUUCCAAGACUUCACUACCUGGUUUCCAGUUUAUCUCCACUCUACACACUGGCAGAUGUUAAUGUUCCUUCGAGGAGGUUGGAUCAGAUGUUUUCUGAUGCUUUUAGUAAAGAUCACCAGCUGAUUCAUGCUGACCCAAAGCACAGCCUGUACCUGGCAUGCGCUCUAAUAGUGCGAGGGGAUGUUCAAGUUUCUGAUCUCAGAAGGAACAUUGAAAGGUUGAAACCUUCUCUCCCAUUUGUGUCCUGGAACCAGGAAGGCUGGAAGACUGGUCUGUGUUCUGUGCCUCCAGUUGGACAUUCCCAUUCCCUGCUAGCUUUGGCAAACAAUACCUGUGUCAAGUCUACUUUCAUAGAACUGAAAGACAGAUUCAUGAAGCUCUACAAGAAAAAGGCCCACCUUCACCAUUACUUGCAUGUAGAUGGGAUGGAGCAGAGCUGUUUCUCAGAAGCAGUCUCAUCCUUGUCCUCUCUCAUCGAGGAAUACAAUCAACUGGAUGCAACAAAGGGUUUACUGAUGACAGAUGCACAAAGACUUAAUAUCGCUGUAUAAGGUUUCUUCUCUAAAAUAUGUAUUUUUAGUUCUUCAAAUGUAAUUUUUCAAUAAAAUAAUUGUUGUUCAGUAUAUGUUUCUAAUGGCCCUGACAAUGACUUUCAGAGAAAUGUAACACGUCGGCUGACAAUCUGACCAUGAAAUUGCGUGUAAAUAAAGAUAUAUUUAUAUUUAAAAAUAACCUAAUUAAGUUUUUUUCAAAACCCUUUUUUAAUUGUAUUUUUAUUUUAAAUAGGCCAGGAUGAGAGAUCACCGUGACCUACAUACUGUGCACUGCAUGUACAUCUGCACAUUGUGAUGUGUACUUAUAGACACACAAGUUCCUCCUUACAUUAUAUCCCCAGAUAAAGAAUGGAUCCUAGUGUCAUCACAGAUGUCAGGACCCAUGACAUAAGGUUCUGUAUUCUUGCAUUUGUUUUAGCCUUUUUAACUUGCAUACAGAAGAAAAAGUUUUUUCUAAACUUUAUUAGACAUUAUGAAAAAUGUAAAUCAAACACAAGUUUUCAAGACCACUUGGGUCCCUUCUUCAGCUGAGAAUGCAUUUCAGUUAUUUAUGUACAAGGUACAUAACACACACGUGUAGUCUGUAUAGAUGUUUAUAUUAUUUUAAUCCUAACAAUUGUUGUAGCAAAUGCAUUUUAUUUCUUAAAAACCCUACAAAAAAAACUAAAUGCUUUGUUUAAAUUUCCCUUUUUAAAAAAUGUGUGGUCAUAAUGUACUACAAUCUAUCCCAUCCCUUGUAAUGAUUCUACCAAGAUGUGCUAUUUAAAGUUCUCAGAUAAAGCAGUGGAUCUGUAGUGGUAGAAUUCUGUAGUCUGAACCUGUAACAAAAGAUUUGCAACAGUAAAGCAAUGAAUUUGGAUCAGCUUGCAUUGUUGCAUAACUUCUUCAUGUACAGUAUACUUUUAUGAUGAGAACAUACUGUACAAGCUCCCGUGAAAAGGGUGUGCCUCAGAAUGCACAUUGCAUUAUGUGUAAUAGAUGUGAACAGAUCUUGGUCAGAAUUAUAAAAGGCAGUUUCCCCCAUAGCAAUUGCAUUGUCAUGUGAAUCCUGAACCUGUAGUGUAGGUACUACAGAAAUAAGAAAACGCAACCCUGAACUGUUUCUAGACCAUUUGAAAACAUAUCUUUAACUCCACCUUGCUAGGUUUCCAGGUAUGUCAUUCUAUGUUGAUAGUCCUAUCGGUAACUAAAGAAAUCUGAGUUCAGAGAACAUGUCUCCAGGCUUUUUGCAGUUCCUGUGGCAUACGCAGGAGGUGAUCCACAUCAUCUUCCACUUAAAGAUUCCCCCGUCAGUGCAAUUGAACUGUACAGUACUCAUUCUGGAUUUGUUGGGGCUACAGCAGCGCUUGUCGCUGCAGACUCCACAGUACGUGAGUUUGUAGCUUUGCUUGCUUGUACAGCCAGAAAGAGUUAGCUUCUCUCGUUUCUGUGGCUGGAUCUUUGGCUGGCAAGUUUUUCCUUUUGGUAUCUGAAAAAACACAAAAUUACAGCAUGCCAGUGAUAUACUUCACACAAUCCAUUGUUUUUAGAUUUAAUUUCCUGUUGUAAAAUAAAAUAAAAAAAGGU